AUGGCUGUCGAUUUUGAGGGAUCAUCACAUAAAAUAGGUGACAAGUACCAUUAUGUUUUGUGUCUAUAUGGCUCCCUUAUCAACGGUCAAAAAGCGGUAGUUACUCUUACAGGAAUUCGAGUUUUCUUUGAUAUCUUAAUAUCUGAUAAUGAAUUUUUAUAUCCACAUAUUUUUACAUUUGGUACUGGAGAUAGAAAAAAAGCACUCCAAGCUAUCCAAGAUAAAAAUUUCAAAACUGCCUCAGAUGAUAUGUUUUCAUUCCAUCAUAAAAUAGCUAAAGAAAAUGAAAUCGCAAUUUCUGGUUGGUCUAUGAUAAGGGCAAAAUCUAAAAAUAGUUUUCAAAAUAAAAAAGGUGCUAUUGAUAAUAGUGAGAAAGAAAACAAUAGGGUACAGCCAGUUAUAAUCAAGAUUAGUCCAGAGGAUAAUUAUAUUUCUACUUUUCUUAAAGUACCAGGAUGU